AUGAAUCGCUCACUUUUCUCCAUUUUCAUCGCUGUCUGCGUCUAUGCGCACUAUGUGUUUGCCUCUUUAACUUCGAGCGAGAUUGCCAACUCCUUGAAUGAAUUGGCGCAACAAGGUUUCGCUGCCAAGGAUCUCGUAUUGGAGAUUAACUCCACCGCCGAUGCCGGUCCAAUGCGUGACGUCUAUACAGAAAUGGAUACAAUGGUCACCGUGGUUCUCACGGAUGUUGAGUUCAUGACCAAUACUCCCAUCAUCACCGAUCAAGCCGAGGAGCAGACCGUAUAUGAAGGGUAUUCAAAUUUCGUACAAUCGCUCCUCGAGCUCAUGGACGCCUUCUCCAGCAGCGCAACCGAGUUGAAGUCGAUUGACUCAACCACCAAGGAUAAAGUCCCUUCGGAAGUUCGCAUCCUGGAGAGUGCCGUGGACGCCUAUUUCUAUAAUAUUAUCGGCCUCUUCCCGGCCAACAGCUCGUACAAUGCCCAAGCCAGUAACCAGAAAGCCCAGGUGGACACGCAUUGCUUCCAGGCUAUCUGGGCAUUUGAUCUCAGUGAUGGCAGUCAGUCUACCACUCAAUCGCGCAGGAACACCUCUCUUCAUACUCGACGCAUGAUGCGAAACUCUGCUUAG